GAGAGCAGCGCAGCUCAGGAGCCGCAUCCCGGUCCCGAGCUGCGUGGCUCGGCCCGGCCAUUGUGCUGCGCCAGGCCAGGGGCGCGCGCCCACCUGCCGCCAUGUCGUCGCCGUCGUCCGGGGAGCAGUACGAAGAGGAGGAGGACGGCGCGUACGAGAGCCAGGCCAAGCGGCUCAAGCCCAGCGCCGUCGCUGAGGAGGGCGAGAUCGAGUACGGCGGCGCCGAGGAGGGCGACGGCCGGCGGGACAAGGGCCCCGCGCCCCGCGGAGGAGGCUUCGCGGCCGGGGAUGCAGGCGGAAGUCAUCACAAAGUUUCUGUUUCUCCUGUUGUCCAUGUCCGAGGACUCUGUGAAUCAGUUGUGGAAGCAGACCUUGUGGAGGCUCUUGAAAAAUUUGGAACCAUAUGCUAUGUCAUGAUGAUGCCAUUUAAACGCCAGGCUCUGGUGGAGUUUGAAAAUGUAGAAAGUGCCAAGAAGUGUGUCACUUUUGCAGCAGAUGAACCUGUAUAUAUAGCUGGACAGCAAGCCUUUUUCAACUAUUCUACAAGCAAAAGGAUUACUCGGCCAGGAAAUACUGAUGAUCCAUCAGGUGGAAACAAAGUUCUCCUGUUAUCAAUUCAAAAUCCUCUCUACCCAAUUACAGUGGAUGUCUUGUAUACAGUGUGCAACCCUGUUGGGAAAGUGCAACGUAUUGUUAUAUUCAAGAGAAAUGGAAUACAAGCAAUGGUUGAAUUUGAAUCUGUUCUCUGUGCCCAGAAGGCUAAGGCAGCACUCAAUGGAGCAGAUAUAUAUGCAGGAUGCUGUACUUUAAAAAUCGAAUAUGCAAGGCCAACUCGACUUAAUGUCAUUAGAAACGACAAUGAUAGUUGGGACUACACUAAACCGUAUCUUGGCAGAAGAGACAGAGGGAAGGGCCGCCAGAGGCAAGCUAUUUUGGGAGAACAUCCUUCAUCAUUUAGACAUGAUGGCUAUGGAUCACAUGGUCCAUUGUUACCUUUACCCAGCCGGUACAGAAUGGGAUCUCGAGAUACACCAGAGCUUGUUGCUUACCCACUGCCUCAGGCUUCUUCAUCUUACAUGCAUGGUGGCAAUCCUUCUGGCUCUGUUGUCAUGGUCAGUGGGCUACAUCAGUUAAAGAUGAACUGUUCAAGGGUCUUCAACCUGUUCUGUUUGUAUGGAAAUAUUGAAAAGGUGAAAUUUAUGAAGACUAUUCCUGGUACAGCAUUGGUAGAAAUGGGUGAUGAAUAUGCUGUAGAAAGAGCUGUCACACAUCUUAAUAACGUUAAGUUAUUUGGCAAGAGGCUUAAUGUCUGUGUGUCCAAGCAGCACUCAGUAGUUCCCAGUCAAAUAUUUGAGUUGGAGGAUGGUACAAGUAGUUACAAGGAUUUUGCCAUGAGUAAGAAUAAUCGCUUCACCAGUGCAGGCCAAGCAUCCAAGAACAUAAUUCAGCCCCCCUCUUGUGUGCUGCAUUACUAUAAUGUCCCACUGUGUGUGACUGAAGAAACCUUCGUCAAGCUAUGUGAGGAUCAUGAAGUUCUCAGUUUUAUCAAAUACAAAGUAUUUGAUCCAAAACCUUCUGCCAAGACACUCUCUGGUCUGUUGGAAUGGGAAUGCAAGACAGAUGCAGUGGAAGCCCUCACUGUACUUAAUCACUACCAGAUAAGAGUCCCAAAUGGCUCUAAUCCUUAUACCUUGAAGCUUUGCUUCUCAACUUCAUCCCAUUUAUAGAGAGAAGACAGCAUGUUAGGAGCUACAUUCUUGAUUUGCAAGCUUGAAACUACAUGUCAUUCACAAGCUCUAAAGUGGUUGCUCUGAUAUUGCCUUGUCUCAACUUAAUUCUAAAAUCUUCUAUCUUGUUUUAUAAUAAAUGGAUGUUCCUUCAUUAAUAGAAAGCAGAGCUUUUCUUUUUGCCUCUAAAGAGUACAUGUUGUAAACCUAUUAUGAACAUUUUGUUUUUCAUUGAGGUGUAAUAUUAUCUACAAGAGUUAGAGCAGUCUUAUAGAUUUCAUAUGCAAGACACUGUGUACUGUUCCAAACCUUAACAUUUUAAUUGUUUUCAUCCAAAAAUGAAAUAUAUUUGCAUUUUCAGUAAUGUUAAAAAGAUUAGCAAGUAUUUUUCCAUUGUAGGUUUAAUUGGCAGAUAAAACUAUUACAUUGGACAAUUAAAUGUAGAAUUUCUUUCUAGUUACAUGUUUGGGUAGUUAAGUAUGUUGCAAUUAUUAAUACUAAAUAAGUUUGUAUAUAUAAAAUGUUUAAUCAGGAUAAUGUUGCAGAUACUAAAUUUUGAGUAGUGUAGACUUACCUGAUUUAUAUUUCAAAAAGGUGGCAAAAUUAAGCGAAUACCUUUGUACAGAAUGCACUCAAAUUUAUUUACAGUGGUUAUGGGUUUUAAAAGUCACUUUCCACUUCCAUUGGCAUGAUAUCACCUAUUGCUAGGCCCAUCUUGGGGAUCUUUUUUAAAUUAAAAUUAUAAGUCUGA